AUGUCACCAUCUACGGUGGCGAAUAGUGUAAAGAGAAAUGAGAAGGAAAAGUUGGAAUACGAAUGGCCGUUGUCUGACGGACGUGUUGGCGGAUAUGUGUUUGACAAAGUCGCACGUUCGGUGAAGCUGUACACUAUCGAAUCUGGGGGAACGUUUACGGAGGACGUGACACACAUAUCAUUCCCUGCUAAAGACUGGCGUUUGUUUAGAAACAAAGUGUGGAGAGACCUUGAAGUCCCUGGUCUGGAUCGUAUCUACAAGGAGCUUCCGGCUCAGGUACAGGACGGGACAAACACCUUCCACGUAGUCAUAUCUCUGGCGCUGCUGAAGGCAGCAAUCCUCUUCAGUGAGGCAGCUGCACUAAACAGUUCAUCUUCACCCGUUGCUACCCGGGUCACAGAGGCAGAGGAGGAGAGGGGCGUCAAGCUUGGUGAAGAGGAAAGGGCACAGGAUCAGCCCAAGCCCUCAGAGGAGAGUCCAUCCAAUCCCAUGCCGCUGGGAAAACGCAAACGGAACCAGGUCAUUGUCGUGGAGCCACCCAAGGAGAAGAAACCUUUUCACUGUAAGCCCUGCAACUACCAAGCAGAGUUUGAAGAGUUUGUGCACCACAUCUGUGUCCACAGCGCCAAGAAACUGAUCGUGGUGAAUAAAGCAGCUGAAUCUGAGGAGGAUCAAAGCAGUCACUCGGCACAGACAUCCCAGAAGGGAUCAGCAUCUGAAAGCGGAGAAGUUUUAGGCAACACCAAAGGGGUGAUUCGUUGCGAGUGCUUUGGUUACAACACCAACCACUAUGACCACUUCAUGGCUCAUCUUAAACACCACAGUAAGGAGGGCGACGACCAAAGAGUGUACAAAUGCACCAUAUGCCCUUAUACUACAGUCAGCCAAUACCACUGGAAGAAUCUGAGAAACCACUUUCCCAGCAAGCUCUUCACCUGCAACCAGUGUUGUUACUUGUCAGAUCGGAAAAACAACUACAUUCAGCAUAUUCGCACCCACACAGGUGAACGGCCUUUCCAGUGCCCAUAUUGUGAGUAUUCCAGUUCUCAGAAGACUCAUCUGACCAGACACAUGAGGACACAUUCAGGUGAGAGGCCUUUCAAAUGUGACAGCUGCAGCUACUUGGCAGCCAACCAGCACGAAGUGACACGCCGUGCCAGACAGGUCCAAAAUGGGCCGAAGCCCAUAAGCUGCCCCUACUGCCAGUACAAGACAGCUGACUGCAGCAACUUUAAAAAGCAGGUUGAGCUCCACAUCAACCCACACCAGUUCCUUUGUCCAGUGUGCAAGUAGGCCGCGUCCAAAAAGUGCAACUUACAGUACCACAUCAAAUCCAGACACCCGGACUGCUCCGAGAUCACUAUGGAUGUAUCAAAGGUCAAACUGCGUGUGAAGAAACCUGAAGCUGAUGACAGUGCUAACGCUGGAAAUGCUCACCAGACGCUGGGCGGGAUCCAAGAGGUCGUGGAAGCAAAUGAACAGCAUGAAAACACAGAUGGCUUCUAG